AUGCAAAUUGAAAAGUCGGAGAAAUCCCUUCCUCUUCUCACAAUCACUCACAGCAUCCACGCCAUGCGGUUCCUCACACCUACCAGCUUCUGGUGGCUAUCCCUCUGCUCCCUUAUCCUCGGAUCCGAAAUCCCCUACAACGCCCAGAUCGAAAUCGACGUGCUCUUCCCCCGCAACGAAACCUACAACAACCUGACCAGCUUCCCCGUCGUGCUCGCAAUCCAAGACGCAAAAUCCGCCUACCGCUUCGAAUGGGACAUAAGCUGGAAGCUGUACAACGCGACCCCCGGCGCGCGCGAAUCCGACUACACAAGCGGAUAUGGUAGCCACUCUGCCUUUGGUUUAAAUGAUUUCCAGUGGGUUUUUGGUGAUGUGGCUGUUGUGCCGAUGCUGGGGUAUAACUUUACCACCAUGAAGCCUGGGCCUUAUAGGCUUGAGUGGGAGUAUUAUGCGACGCCUUGUACGAGGAGACCGCCGAAUACGAUUGUCUAUAAUAUCCGGGAGGUGAUUGCGUCUGGGGUGCAGUUUUUCAGUGUUGUUGAGGAUGGGAGUGGGCUCGAUUUUGAGAUCCCGGUUGAGGAGUGUCCGGCUUUUGGUGAUUUGUGGGCUGUGAAGGAGUCGACUUACUCGUAUUGUCCGUUUCUUCGGGACAGUGAUGAUAUUGAUGGAGAUCCGUGCAAGGCGAAGCUGCAGAAUAAGAAGCAGGUGGAGUGUAUCACGGAUUAUCUGUUUGAGGGCACUGUGGAAGUGCCUAAUAAUGAGACAGAGGCCUGCCGUUCUGCGUUCAAGAGGGCCGAUGUGGCUUGGUUGGAGCCGCUGAGUGCUGAUGGAGAUGAGGAUGAAAAUUACAAUGACAAUGACAAUGACGGCGGUUCUAACGGGCCUUCAACUGACAAACAGGAAGACGCUGGAGGCUUUGCUGUUUCUCUUCGCCCAGGCUUGUUUGCUGUUACGGUUACGGGGUUGCUAGCCGUGGCGGCCACGCAAUAUUAA